AUGUUGUACGAGCCAUUUAAUGACAAAAGCGACCCGUUCAUCCCCGACGAGGACGAUCUGUGCCCCCUAUGUGUGGAAGAGAUGGACAUCACCGAUAAAAACUUCUGGCCAUGUCCGUGCGGCUACCAGGUGUGCCAGUUCUGCUACAACAACAUCAGGACCAACCCAGAGCUCAACGGAAAGUGUCCUGCCUGCCGCAGACCAUACGACGACAAGAACGUUGUGCACAAGAGCGUGAGCCCUGAGGAGUGGAAAAUGAACCAGGCCAGAAAGGAAAAGCAGAAGCGCGAGAGAAAACAGCUGGAAAAGGAGAAGAAGGACGCCGAGCAGGCCAAACGCCACCAUCUCGCGGGAAUGAGAGUCAUACAGCAGAACCUCGUUUACGUGGUGGGGUUGAAUCCUCCGUGCAGCGCAGACGAGCUGCCGUCAGUGCUGCGUUCCGACAAGUACUUUGGCCAGUACGGCAAGAUCUCGAAAAUUGUCAUCAACAAGCGAACCCCAAAUCCAAACAACCCUCACCACACCAGCCCAGGCUACGGAGUGUACGUGACGUUCGCAAGGAAAGAAGAUGCUGCGCGAUGCAUUGCUGCUGUUGAUGGGUCGAUCAGCGAUGGCCGCGUGCUCAAGGCUGCCCACGGAACCACAAAGUACUGCUCCUCGUAUCUGAGAGGCCAGCCUUGUCCGAACCCUAACUGCAUGUUCUUGCACGAGCCAGGCGAGGAGGCCGACUCGUACACCAGGAAAGACCUGUCCACCCGGGCCAUCAACAAGAAGUUUGAGGAGAGAAGCGCUGUCAACGGCCUGAUUCCUCCGCCAGCGAGCCAAAACGACACCGACUCGAGCCAGGACCAGGAACACAGUCCUGCUUCCUCGUCGGCUGUUCCUGUUCCGUCCUCUGCCCACGAGGACGAGAACAACUUGCCUGGUCUACCGCCAACGGCUGCGUGGGCCAAGUUGCAGCAGUCACAGUCCCACAUGUCGAACUUGGGGGUCGGUCCGUCGUCCGUCAGCGACCUCUCCUCGGCGCCUGCAGCGCUUUCCGCGUUCCCAACACUUGGCGACGCUGUUCUGCAGAAGCCAGCCAAAAGUCCGUCUUUGCAAACAAAGAAGAAGGAUAAGACCAAGGAGACCGGUUUGGUGGAAGACUCGCUGUAUUCCUACAAACUGAUCGACGACUGCAUCAAGCUGCUCAACAGUCAGCAGGAGUUCUCCUACACCAUAAAGCCAAGUAUGAGAAGAACCAAUGUCCAGAGCUCGUUCCAUUUGUUUUCGACCGGAGAAAUGCAAAAGUCGAUGCUGUCCGAGAGCGACAACAAGCAGCACAUGUCGCGGCUCGUCGAGUCGCUGCUCUUUGUUCCGUUCAGCAAAAAUUACAAUCACAAAGCGGCAGCUCUGCAGGAGCCCGCCAAGGCAGCACAGCCUACACAGCCAGCACAGACCUCUAUACAGCACCAGUUCUACCAGCCACAGCCUCAGCGGUACCCGAAUAACAUACUCCAGGGCGGCAAACAGCCCGUGCAGAGCACACAGUCUGCACAGCAGUUUUUACAACAGCAGCUGCUCCAGGAGCAGAAGCUGAAAGCGCUGCGCCAGGAGAAGCCAAGCACAGCCACACCUCCACCUCCUGGCCUUUUCCCUGCUACCGGCGCUGACAGCAUCAAGACAAAUAGCGCAGAGCUGCUGAGUCAGCUGAUGGGUGGAAAGAAGCUGGCUGUUUAA